AUGUGAACACAGCCGCCCUAUCCCUCACGUUUUACGACGUUACCCAGAAUUCCUCACUGUCGCGUCGAAAACUCGCGAUGAGGUCAAAACAAAACCGGCAAGUGAAAGGCACACAGGGCUGCGCGUGUGGAGACACUGACUUUGAGAGGAUUUGUUCCUCGCCCCCCCCACAGUGCCUCCGAUGGCUGGUCGGCUCCUUAAAGUCUCCUCACUCGCUACAGCAGCGUUUGCCUCGUCUGGGUUUUAUCUGUACAACAGACGGCUGGACCUCAAUGACCUGAGUAUUGUCCGCUUCGGCCGUGCCGCAGCCACUACCACGGCCAUCAGCUACGACUAUCUGACUGCUUUCAAACAUGUGGAACAUGGCACAGAGGAAUACCAGGCACUCAAGUCCAAGGUUCACCGGCGCUCGGCGAAGCGUCUUUUGGAUUUGUGCUGUGCCAAUCGUGGCACUUUCAUCAAGGUGGGUCAGCACCUGGGUGCUCUGGACUACCUGCUGCCUGAGGAGUACACAUCCACGCUGAAGGUGCUUCACAGCCGAGCUCCACAGAGCAGCAUGGAGGAGAUCCAGGAGGUCCUCAGAGAAGACCUCGGCAAAGAGCUGUCCGAGUUAUUUGUCUCCUUUGAGGAGACGCCUCAGGGUACAGCCUCCUUAGCCCAGGUCCACAAGGCAGUGCUUCAUGAUGGGAGGACAGUGGCUGUCAAGGUCCAACACCCCAAAGUCCAGAGACAAAGCUCCAAGGACAUACUGGUGAUGGAGGUAUUGCUCAGGGCAGUUCACUGGCUCUUCCCAGACUUUGCCUUCAUGUGGUUGGUGGAAGAGGCCAAAAAGAACAUGCCGCUGGAGCUGGACUUCCUUAAUGAGGGACGCAAUGCAGAGAAGGUGGCCAGCAUGUUGGCCCACUACCCUUUCCUCAAGGUGCCCAUGAUCCACUGGGAUCUUUCUACAAAGAGGAUCCUGACCAUGGAGUUCGCUGAGGGCGGAGAGGUCAAUGACAGAGCCUACAUGAAGAAACACGGCAUCAAUGUCAAUGAGAUCUCAGAGAAUCUGGGUAAGAUGUACAGUGAGAUGAUCUUCGUCCACGGCUUUGUCCAUUGUGACCCACACCCGGGCAACGUGUUGGUCCGAAAGUGUCCUCAGCACAAGAAGACAGAGAUUGUCCUGCUUGAUCACGGCCUGUAUCAGAUCCUGCAGCCAGACUUCAGGCUGGACUACUGUCAACUGUGGCAGGCUCUUAUCAAUGGUGACAUGCCCAAGGUGGAGCGUUACAGCCGCAGACUGGGAGCUGGAGAUCUGUAUCCUCUGUUUGCCUGUGUGCUCACUGCUCGCUCCUGGACUGCAGUCAACACUGGUAUCAGUGCCGUGCCCGUCACCCAGUCUGAGGACGUUGAGAUACGGACCAACGCAGCUCUGUACCUGCCUCAGAUCAGUGAGCUGUUGAAUCGAGUUCCCCGUCAGAUGCUGCUGCUGCUGAAGACCAACGACUUGCUGAGGGGCAUUGAGACCACUUUAGGGACCAGAGCCGCGUCCUCGUCCUUCAUCAACAUGUCCCGCUGCUGCAUACGUGCCUUGGCCAGGCACAAGAGGAGUAAGGCUCGGUCCAGGAGGAAGCGUCUGCAGAUAACGCUGUCGGAAUCUCUCCGGCUGUGGAAACUCUCUCUGUUUGAACUGUUUCUGUGGGUGAAGGAUUCAGUGCUGGUCCACUGGCUCGCUGCUCUGCUGCCAUUUGGUCACUGAGACACGCGUCGCCCUGGAACGUCGGGAACAGUGGGGCCACAACUGUUGAAACUGCAUGUUUCAAACGGUAACACUUAUUAACAUGUACGGGAAAAAAAAAAAACAAAGGCAAGAAGCUGAUCACUUAAUAGCCCUCAAGAUCACUUUUAUUUGCUCAUGAUGGUGCCAUGUUUGUUUUUGUUUAGUCAGUAAAUGCCUUUUUUUGUUUUAAUUCAGGAACAUUAUUGUCAGGUAAUAUUUCUCAUCAUUUUGUCUUGUAUUUAAAGGUCCAGUUUUUAAGAAUUAGUGACAUCUAAUGAUGAGAUUGGAGGACUCCUCUGCUCCGCCCCUCCUACAUUUCCCAUGCAAGUCAGGGAACUACGGUGGCCUUUACAUGCCAGAAAACAUAGUAGUAUGUAGUAAAAUUUCCGCUUCAAAAAGUCAAAUGCACACUCUGGCCAGCACGUCAUGGUGUGACAGUAGCUCAGUGGUAGAGCAAGUUGUCUUUUAGCUUGAAGGCUGUGGGUUUGAUUCCCGGCUUAGGAAAGACACUUAACCCCACGUUGCUCCUAAUGGCUGUGCCGGCAGUGUGUGAAUGUUUAUGAAAGAUUUGUGAUAGAAAAUGCACGAUAUGAAUGGACGAAUGGUAAAAAAAAUUUUACUCACUGGACCUUUAAAACACACAUUAAGCCAUUGUGCAUGAGACCAAACCUCGGUGCUCUACUUGGUUGUAUAUGUAUGCGUACACAGGGCAUACAGGAUAUAUGGACGAACUGUAGUCAUUUAAAGAAACAGUUCUACCACAUAACUAAGACCGCAAAUGUGUUUUAUUUAUUUUUUUUGCUAUUCUAUUUAGUGUCAUCCAACCUGCUAUCACUUACGAUACCAGGUUUCCAGUAGAUUGUGAUCUUGAGAUUGUCAUAUUUUUUAUGUGCAACCUUUUAAUCAGGAUUCAUACACAAAUUGAACAUAAUGACAGAGAUGCAAUCAUGGAGAAUGUGACAUAGGGACAUUAUCAACAGAGCAGAUCAGCUAUUCAAGGGAUAGCUCAGGUUUGUGCGGAUGUUAUGUGGCAUCAACACAUUAAUAUUAUCACCACUGACUAUGCAGAGUGCGCUGCUGCACAUGCCUCGGUGUGUGUGCACUUGUCAUGGAGAUUAAGGGAACUGAAGUUUUCACUCUCCUGCACCAAAGUCCACACAGAACAUUAGUAUUUGUAGCAUGUGGGGACACAGAAGCUCUUGGUCCACUUGGGUAAAACCAAAUCAAGGAUGUUUGAACAUAACGAGCACUUGCUGAUGGAAAAAAAGUGUUUUGUGUCUCUGUGGACUUUGGUGCGGGAAAUGUAAGGUUUUCCAACCAUAAAGUGGUAAACAUUUCCAAAAACCUGAACUAUCCCUUUAAAACAAGUCAGCGUGUAAGUUGUAUACAAAGACGGAUGUCCUGUCAACAGAUGCAGGGUGUCACAGGAGGCCGCGUGAGACACCGCGUGUACCAUGAAUCCACAAUCAGUGCUGAUAUGAUGAUUUCCAUAAAAUGUAAUGUAAGGACUCUUAGCGCUGUAGUCACUGCAGGGGUUUCAUCCGUUGAUUGUGUCCUCGCCUGGAUGAUGCCGGACCACUCAUUUACUCCCGUUCCUCAACAAAAUACCUCAGAAUUAAGUUUGUUUCAUAUUCUUUCAUAUUCUGGUGCAUGUAUUUAUCUUAAAAAAAAAUAACUGUCAUACCACAAGCACAUCCAUGUGUAUCACUGUUACAAACCGACCGCACAUUCCUGUUAAUAUUUAUAUAAGUCGGACAAAUGUCGGCAGGUGUGUUCUUGUGUGGCUGAGCAGACGUGACGCUUCGACACUUCACGUCUGCUCAGCGCAGUCUUUUCAAGUCUCCCCAACACAGUUCACAUUUACCUCGCUCCUUCCACCCAGUGACUGUAGGUUGUACUGUUUUAGUCUCGACUGUGUCAUAAAUGUCACACCAAUCUUCCGAGCUGUGCUGUGUUGAGGGCGGCUCUCGAAAAAAAAAAAAACUUUAUCAAACACUGACGGCUCGAAUUUAUACUGUGACUCCGAAAGUCUGUUGCCGUGGUUACAGUUACAUAACCUUCACAAGGGGAUGAGAAGUAGAGCCCCGGCCAAUAAAGAGGAAGUUGCUGAUAUUUGGGAGUUGAUAUUCUUGAAAUAAGAAAACAAACAUACAUUUUACAUCAAA